AUGCCAUUCAUGGCGGCACCGUAUGUCGAGAUUAAGAUCCCCGAUGGUGCUCUAAUGUCCAAGGCUGAUGGAGUGAAAGGGUUCGGCUGUGACCCAGAGGCACGGUGGGAUGCAGAGGAGAUGAUCAAGGAGGCCAUCGCGGCGCUCAAGGACAGGACCGGCUCCAGCUCGGUCGCCAUCGCCAAGUACAUCGAGGAGAAGCACGGCAAGUCCCUGCCGCCCAACUUCAAGAAGAUGCUCUCCGUCCAGCUCCGUGGGUCCGCCGCCAAGGGCAAGCUCGUCAAGGUCAAGGCCUCCUACAAGCUGUCUGACGCCGCCAAGAAGGACUCGCCCAAGGCGAAGGCCGCGGCAAAGCCGGCCAAAGAUGCGGCCAAGCCCAAGAAGAAGGACGCCGCCAAGCCCAAGAAGAAGGACGCUGCCAAGACCAAGAAGAACGAUGCCGCCAAGCCCAAGAAGAAGGCGGCAGCCGCCGGCGCCAAGCGCAAGGCGCCCGAGAAGAAGCUUAUCGCCAAGGCCAAGAAGUCCCCCGCGGCCAAGGCUAAGGCCAAGCCCAAGACAGUCAAGUCACCCGCGGCCAAAAAGGCCCGCAAGGUCGCUGCUGCUUGA